GUCUCUGGUGUCAUCAAAGUGUUCAAUGACAUGAAGGUGAGUAAGUCGUCUUCACCAGAGGAUGUGAGGAAGCACAAGAAGGCGGUGCUCUUCUGCCUGAGCGAGGACACGAAGAGCCUCAUCCUGGAGGAGGGUGAGGAGAUGCUGGUAGGUGAUGUGGGCCAGACUGCAGAUGACCCCUAUGCCAUCCUUGUCAAGGUGCUGCCACACAAGGGCUGCCAUUACGCCCUCUGUGAUGCAGCCUGUGAGACCAAGGAGAGCAAGGAGGAGGCCUGGGCCCCUGAGUCUGCACCUCUGAAGAGCAAAAUGAUCUAUGCCAGCUGCAAGGAUGCCGUCGAGGAGAAGCUGAUGGGGAUCAAGCAUGAAUUAGAAGCAAACUGCUACGAGGAGGUCAAGGACCACUGCACCCUGGCAGAGAAGCUGGGGGCCAGCGUUUUCAUCUCUCUGGAGGGCAAACCUCAGACCUGCCCACGGGGGUUGCAGGCUGCCCCCUUCCUGCCAGACCAGAGGGGCUGGGGGGGUCCCAGCAGGGGUGGUGGCUCUUGGUUGGCCAUCAUGAAGUAUCAGCCCGGAUUGAAGACGAGGUGUGGAGGGGAGGAUGAAUUUGAAGAUGUGAGAAAACAGAUGUCCUUUGAAGAGGACCGAGAAAAGGGCCUGCUGUCUGAGGUCAGAUGUCUUCUGGUGUCGCAGCAUGUCUGCAUCAGGCAAAUCACCAGCACCCUGUGUGAGGAUUUGUGUAAGCAACUGAAAGAGAAAUAUCUAUGGUUUGCUUCGAAGGUGAAAUGCGUGGGUCCGCGCUCGGCACUCGCUGAACGGUAA